AUGAAGAUGAUGAUGAUGGAAGUUAAGGUUCUAUCUAGGAAGCUCAUUCAACCAUCAACUCCUACUCCCCAUGACCUUAGAAACUUCCGUAUAGCUUUCACUGAUGAAAUGUCUCCAACAGCGAACGUCCCACUGAUUCUCUACUAUGUCAACAACAGCAGCAAAGCUGACGACAAGACUAGGAUCAAACAGUUGCUGGAGACCUCGUUAGCUCAGGUAUUACCCCAGUUCUACCCUCUAGCAGGAAGGUACGUCGAGGAAAGUCGCCUCAUUGAUUGUAGAGAUCAAGGUGUUCAUUACGCAGAAGCACAGGUCCUGAACUGCCAUCUGCAUCAACUUCUUGGACCGGAGAUGAAACCUGAGCAGCUCAACGAUCUCCUUCCGUGCCCGCUUUACGCCGCUGAUGGAGUCACGGAUCCACUGUUGUCAAUUCAGGUUAGCACGUUUGAAUGUGGUGGUAUGGCGAUCGGCGUGUGCAUUUCCCACAGGAUUGCAGAUGCAGCCACCCUGGGCACAUUUCUCUGUGCCUGGGCUGAUGCAUGCAGUCUAGAAGAAGGCAGGGAAAACGUCUGCCCUGUUUUCAAUUCCUCCCAUUACUUCCCUGGAAGAAACUUGCCUAAGCUUGAGCUUCGAAUCCCACAAACCAAUGGCCAGGAUGUCCCUAAGAUAUUGACGAGGAGGUUUGUGUUUGAUGGAAGGGCGAUAAGCAAAAUUCGGUCCAAAGUCUUGAUGAACUGCGAAAAUGGCACAACCAAGCAUCAGUAUACAAGAGUGCAAUUGGUUUCCGGCCUCUUUAUAAGGGCUCUUCUUGGACUUGAUCGAGCAAAAUAUGGACGUUCAAGAGCUUCACUCAUUACGCAUACAGUAAAUUUGAGGAACAAAACUUCUCCACCUAUUCCAAAACAUUCUUGUGGGAACUUCUGUACUUUCGCGGUAGCCAAUUGCGCCGCGGAGCAAGCCAAAAGCCCAGGGCUUCAAGGCACUGUAAAUCUUGUUGGGGAUGCAGUCAGGAAAACCGCAGCAGAUUGCGCGAGAAUUCUCAACUCUGGGGAGGAUGGAAACAUGGUGAUCAUCGAUUCCUUUAAACAUGUCACUGAAAUUAUAUGCAACAGUGGUGGAGAUCUGAAUGUUAUUAUGUUUACUAGCUGGUGCCGGUUUCCACUCUACGAAGUUGAUUUUGGGUGGGGAAAACCGAUUUGGAUAAGCCCUGCUAGCAUACCUGCACCGAAUUCUUGUGUGAUGAUGGACACCAAAGAUGGCGAUGGCAUCGAAGCAUGGUUGAGUUUGGACGAGAAAGAUAUGUAUAUGCUCCAACAGGAUCACGACAUCACAACUUUUACGGCCGCCUGA